CAGUGUGGAUGGUAGUAAGACGGUGCGUGCUAGAAACUGACCAUUCGUAACCCUUAUCGCUUCGAGAUAAGGACUAAUGGUCAGUCGUCGGCGCGCGUGCGCGGCUGACCGGCGGCGACCACCGCCGACCGCCAGUGAUCGUUAGCCCGCGCCGCGACCGCCCGUGCCCCAGCAUGUAACAGGAUGCCGCCCGUGGACCUGUCGGAGGAGGCGUUCACGGUGCUGCAGGAGCCGCCCGUCAACGUGGUGCGGCCGCUGCCGCGCGCCGACAUGGUCGCUCCGACACCACAUUCCCUACUUGACCCGAAGUUCUCCCGCGCGCUUGAUUUCAAACUUCGCCGGUUGAAAGAAAAAGAGAUACUCCAGGCGAAUUUACGCAGACCUACACGGAGAGCGCGCGCGGCGCCGCUUGCUGCUUCCAAUCCGAGCUUGGGUUCCAAAGCGCAUAACUGUGUUGAAGGCAUGAGCAGAUCACAUCCACGUAUCGAUGUGAUAGCGCCUGAAGAAGAUGCUUCGCCAACAGGCCCGCCAGCGGAGGCUUCUCCGUCGCCCGGGCGUGGUAGCCGACGCGCUAAACGCCACGCGAGUCCUGGCGAGCGGCCUCGCUUUGUCACGACUGUCAAAGUUGGGCAGUUCCUUCCUCCACCGCCUGAGUUAGCCGAGCUUCUUGGCCUGGACUCUCUGUACCCAGCACCAGCGCCUGUAGUUUACUCAUACGCGAGCCGGCCGAAGGCGGUAGCUGGGCGUAGUAAACGCGCGGCGCCGGAACGUAAGGAGGCGCCGGUGGCGAAGCGGCCUGCAGCGGGCGAUGUGUUCAGCGGGGUCCGGGCGCUCAUUGCUGGCGUGGCUGGCCUGCGGCACAUGGUUGAACAGAGAGAGAGCGCCGGCAGCAUGGCGGCAUCGGGCGGCGGCAACCUCAUGCACGACAAGCGCGUCGUGCGCGGGAGCACCUUCGCUGCGCACCCCCAAUCUCAUGGCGAUGGUAUCGAGAGCGCCGCAGCGAAGGCAGCGCGCACUCGGCGACGCGCGCUCGCCCGGCGCGCCGCCGCCGCGCGCCUCCGGCCCGGCACGCCGCCGCCCGCGCCCGGCCGCCGCCACCACCCCAUCCAGACCGAGUACUACCUCGAGGAGCUGUUCGACAAGGGCGUGGAGAUGGAGGUCGGCGUGCAGACCGACCUGUUCCUCGACCGGCCCGCCACGCCCGUCUACGUGCCGGCUAAGACUGGUGCUGAUGCCGCUACGCAGAUCUAUCCCGGUGACCUAUUCGACUUCGACUUGGAAGUGUCUCCGAUCCUGGAGGUGCUGGUGGGGAAGACGACGGAGCAGGCGCUGGCGGAGGUGGCUCAAGAAGAGGAGUUGGCCACCUUGAGGGAGCAGCAACGACGCUACGCCGAGCUCAGGGACGCCGAGCGCGCCGAGCGGCAGCGGCUGGCCGCCAUGGACCAGCGUCUCUACGACGAGAAAGAGCGGCGCGUGGCGGAGGCGCGCGUGGCGCAAGUGGCGGCCGAAGAGGCGCGCGCGCGGGCUGCUGCGGCCACCCUGGUCCAGGGAUACGUGGCCGAGCUACUGCCCGCCGUGCUCGCCGGUCUGCGCGACCAGGGCUACUUGCUGGAGCGCGUGCACCGAGGAGUGGACGAGGAGUUCAUGCCGUGGCUGGUGAACGCUGUGUCCGAAGAGCUCGACUCCAUCAUCACGAGCCGCGACGUCAUCACGGAGAUCGUCCGCGACGUGGUGGAGGCCCGCAACGAACUGUACCGCGCUGCCGCAGAAGCAGAGGCUCAAGUUGUGGAACCGGAGGAAUCCAUCACUCCGCCGUCCACCGAUGAAGAGGAGGAGGAGGAACCAGAAGGUACGCGCUAG